CUUUCUUCUUCUUUUUGCUUGCAAUUGCUGGGGUCCAAAAUGUCAGCGGGUAAUGACGCGGGGCGAUAGACCCCUUAGAGCUGACACUUUUUGUACCUUUUCUCCCUUUUCGUACACCGUACAGUACCUUUACCUUACCUUGGGUUCCAUCACAUUAGUUUCCUUUCACCUUAAUUAAGGUACCUUUCCAUAAAACUGUAGUACUUGACCGAAGAAUCACAAUGUCAGAGCCUCAGGGAAAAGAUGAGCUACCAGCCCAACAUCCAGAAGAUACUGCUACGCCAACUGAAGCAAAAGAUGGCGAUAACGCGACAACAAAACCAGAUCCUUCACUAUGUGGUAUAUGUGAAGUGAAUCCCCCAAAAUACAAGUGCCCAAGGUGUCGCCUUCCAUACUGUUCCGUUGCUUGCAACAAGAUCCAUCGCGAAAAUCACCCUCCUGAUCCCGAGCCAGCAACAAUACCAGCAGCGCCUCCGUCGGCACUCUCCAGGUCGCAAGCAACACCACUGCCUCAGCCCCCCGACCCCUCGAAUCCCUUUCAGGCCCUCGAAAGCUCAGAGAAGCUUCGUCUUCUCUUUCGCAAAUAUCCAGGCCUUCCCGAUCAGCUCCGCAGAAUAGAUGCUGCCACGCUUCCACCUCCUGAGGCCAAGCCUGCCAUCCCUGCUUCCCUCCUCAAGGGCCUGCCACCAAAGCAAGAAGCUUGGAACCAUGACAUUGGUAUUCAGAACGGAAAAGAGGCUUUGCGCAAGGCUCGUCGCGCGGAUGGUGAGCAGGGCGACGCUAUACGCGAGUAUUCAGAACUUAUCCUUCACUUAAUGAACGCUGAGAGUGCACAGACGGAUGUCGACAAUAUCAUUCGGCAGAAAAUGGCACAAGAAGAUACAAAACUCAUCGAGCGCUUGAUGGCGCAAGAAAAGCGUUAGGCUUCCGCUUUAGUUCGAAUCAUAUCUCACAUAACACUGAAGAUGCUUUUUUGAAUGCGAAGGUCGUAUAUUAAUAUUUUCCUUCAUGUUUGGUAUGGGUCAGUAUGUUACAAUAAUCAUUGAACCCAGACUUGGGUGACUUUGGAGAAACAGAUGACUGUGAGUUCGUCUUGGUAAAAUUGGAGCCCUGGUCCUCGGCGUUGGGCUUCUGCUGGCUCAAACUAGUCUUUCGAUGUUUGAGGCCUCCCCACUUCGAAUCUCGUCGAACCUUGACUGGUUGGUCACUCUGAGACCAGUCCACCCGGUGUAUCUCAGCCGCGUGCUGAGGGUUGGGGAUGUUCACAAAGCUACCCCUCCGCGAACAAGAAGUGGCUGCACUAGUCUCAGACCCUCGACGGUUAGGCGAAGUGUUGAUACCAAACUCUUGCUUAAAAGGAGUUGCUGGGCCAGACUCGCGUACAAAGGGGGAUGAUGCAUCGGAGAAGCCUGACGAGCUUGCGGACCCACGUCUCGCUGAUGACGUGACGUUCCCUUGAAAGCCUCCGACACCUGUACCUAUUGACUCUCGUCGGGCUUGAGGAUGAGGCUGCAUGUUACCCGUGCUCAUUCUUCGUGAUAACUCAGGUUCAUUGACAUUCCAAAGCAUGGAAUUACGGGCAGUUUGUCUCUUGCGUUGGGCUGACACUUUAUCCAGCUCAGUGCCUCCCAUCCUCGCAACGUUGCUGGCGCUAGUUGGCCUUCCGCUGCAGAGACUCUGUGCUCUUCUAUACUGCCUAUUGUAUUCUUGCAGUGAUAUGGUGCCAUUAUUCAUGGGGUGGGGGCCGGGAGCAGGUCUCAUUCCUUUGGGUGAAGCUUUCUGAGUGAGGGGCUCGACUGUUGUGGUGCGAGCAAACUGUUGCGCUGCCACCUGAGGAACAUGCUUGUAACGAGCAGGCUUCUGAACAGCCUCCUCUGUCUGCUUCCGCGGUUCAUCGGUGUAGUUCGAGCCUCUGAAGCGGAACGCGUCAAAAAAGCUGCCACGACGUGGCGGCUUUGCGGACAAAGGCGAACUAGUUUUAUCAUCAGUCUUCUCUUUCCUGAAGACUCUCGAUGAAACGGGGGUGGGAAUCGAUAGCGACGCAUGUGCUGGCUGAAUAGUCCGAGGAGACAAAGCACCCAUACUUGUUGCAGAUAAUGGGGGCCGGAGUGAGUCCUCUGUAUGAACUGGACGACGAGGCUGGCCUUCUUGCUCGACUGAAAUAUCGUUCAACUUCGCGCUCAAUUUGCUGGGGUCCAAUGGCUGGAUCUGCAAGGCUUUUGGUCGAUUCCUGGGCUUCCCAGGAGCCACUGUCGUGGGCGAAAACCGAUGGCUUGGCUCCUCCAUUGAAAUGCCCGUCGUGUACAGCAUUGUUGUAGUCAUGCUGGGCAAGCUUGGUGAUGGGCUUGGAGAAGGAGAUAUGGGAUGGGAUCCUAGGGGAUUGAAUGCCACUAUGAUGGCUGCAGGGUUGCUGGCCGCUGGGAGGUUGCUAUAUUGACAAACAAGCCUGCGUUUUACGAUUCUUUGACUAGGUAUGUAGGAAAACCUGUAAUAGUCUUUGAGUGUACUUGACGGAUAUUGGGGAUCUCGGCGAGAUAAAUGUCUCUGACUACAACUAAAUGUAAACGUCGUCAUGGCUACAGGUCCUUGGCAAAAGCAUGACUGGACUCCAGGCCUGGCCCACUCUGGAAAACUAUGAAGCCAUCCGCGAUGAGUGGGCAUCUAUCAACCAGAAGCGCCAUCGUGUCGUAACUGGCUCGCGACUCGACAGCGGGCUGGGUGGACUGAUCCAGCCAGAGCUUAAUUUGGUUCCAUUGUUAUGAGCAACUAAUGUCGCCUGCGUUCCUGAUCGCCGAAAGGGGACAACUUCUCCAAUGUAGUAUUCCGCAAAAACCCUAUUUCUCAGAUAUGGAUAUGGCUGCUUUUAGAAAUAGCCCACACAAACAGGACGAUUGAUAGAUUUUUGGAGUAUCCAGCUACACGGGUUGGAUCAACGUCAUUUACUAUUUUUGGCAAGACAUUAGCAGUUAUUGGAUCUCGUGACAGAGCCAAUGUCAUAAAUAGUGGACGUCACCAAAGACUAGAUAUUUCAAUUCUCGAGGGACUUGUCACGACGACAUACCUUGGGUCUCGAAGUGGCCGAACAUGCUCUCUACACAUUGCUGCAGCUGGGGAAUGAUGUUGACGUUGAUGGAAUUCCAGUCGGAGGGGCCAGAACUGCAAGGACACUGAGUCGAACCAACAGAGAUUGAGUGCCACUCCUCCAAGACAAUGGCCAGUCAAAGGUCGGGUCCAAAGGAUCAGACAUGUCAGAGUUUCUUCACCCGAAGAUGCAGAUCCAAUAUUGAUUUGUUCCUAUGAUACCUACCUACCUAUGUAGAUCGCCAUAUGCAUGGUUUGUCCGUGAACAGACCCCACCAUCUGGGAGGACUGGGACCUCACUUGGAUUCCUCAACUUGGCAGACGGCGGCGCUACACUUUGCGGGUACGAUCCAUUGACGGAACUCGUAGGACGGCUCGUGCGUUUUCCGAGUUCAGAGCUCCCGCUUUUGGGCGCAGGAAUGUGCCAAGCCGGCUAUGACUUAUAUUGACUAGAAUCAGACACGGGACAUUGUUCUCGGAGUAUUUGCAAGAGCGCAA